UCAACGUCCAAACUCAGUCUUUCUUACAACCGAUCUGACGAUAUCAUGGGGAAAUCACUCACCAAAGUCAUUUACAAGCCCGAUUCUCAGUCUACGGACGAGUUUAUCGUCAUCGUGAACCCUGAAGAGUUUAAGAAGUGGCAUGCAGGAGACAGCACGAUCCCACUAGCUGAAGUCGUUGAUUCUUUCAAAGUCUUCCACUCUGGUCAAGGCUCCCAAGGUCUUCUUGGCGAACCAUCCAAGCAACAACUAGACACGGUUUUCGGCACGCACAAGGACGUUGACGUUGUCACUCACAUCUUGAAGAAUGGGAGAGAGCAGGCUGCGGAGGGUAUUACGAAAUCUUCUGGACCUCUGAACGCUGUGCGAGGAGGGCCAGACAACAGAAAGCAGGGGCACUCCUUGGGCGUUUGAGUACCACAUCAGCGAACGUAAAUCAUUGUAUUACCAUCAACAUUUGUAUAUCAUG